AUGAUUUUUUAUAAAAGUAAAGGAGGAAUACAUUUAACAUUUGCUCUUAAACUACUAGUUACUGCAAGUUUCUCAAAUGAUAUUUAUUUGAUAGUCAUAUCCUCAGUGAAUAUAUUUACAAUAUUAAUGAAAAUGACAAUACAUAAGAAAUAAACACUUAUUUGGAAAUAUAUAAGAAUUAUUUUACUUUUAGAAUUGUGCUUGAAUGAUUAGCCUUUUGGACCUGUUAUUAUUGCAUCAAUUAAUUACAACAUCAAAUACAAGAUCGUUAUAUUGUCAUUUUAUAUUUUAAGAGCAAGUUUAAUAUUUUUUAACACUUUCAAGAUUAUUGAUUGGGUUUAUGUAGGUAUUUUAUUUAUCAGCUUCAAUGUGUACUUUUAUUUGCAUGUAAUAACUUUUUUAUUUUUAGGAUAUAAAACAAUCUGACAGUAAAGUAAAUUGCCAAUCUCAAAGAAAAUUGACUUAGUCUGAAAUUCCAUCAUAAAAUGAUUCUAAUGAUGUUAUUGAUUUCUUCAAUUAUAUUCCUUUAGGAAUAUGUUUAUUAGAUAAGAAUUACAAAAUUGUUAAUUCUAAUAAUAAGACUAAAAAGUAUUGUUCAAAUAUUGAAGAAAAUAGUUUAUAGCAAUAACUAUUUGUAAUGAUUCAUAAGUAAAAUACUUUAUCAUAUUAGAGCUUGGAUAGAGCAGUAAUAGAAUCCUAGUGCAUUAAGAUUUGAAAAGAGAUCUAUGUUCAAUUCAUCUGAAGAUUAUGGAUCAGACUUUUAAUUGAGAAGAAUGAAAUCAUUUAGUUAGACCAGAAAAAAAGCUAUAUCUCUAACCUUUCAUAAAUAGUUUAACCAUAUUAUUGAUUUUGCUCAAAUUAUCAAUAAAUUCAAAAAUUCAGGAAUGAUCAAUAAUUUUAACUCUCUUAAAUAUAGAGAUUAAACUAGUUAGAAAACGUAUGAGAUUAAGAUAUAUGAGAUAUCUAAAGGAUAUUUGAUCACGAUUAGAAACAUUACCAAAAAUGAGAAAUAAAUUGAUAUGAAGGAUAGAUAUCAUUUUUAAUAAAUGCUCAUUAAUUCAUUCUCACAUGAAUUACGCACUCCUUUAAAUUGUUCUUUAGCCCUCUUACAAACAUUGGAAUAAGAAGUGAAAUCAGAUUUGAAUGAUACAUAUCUAAAACCUGCAAUAAUCUCUAACAAAAAAUUGCUUCAUUAAAUAAAUGAUAUUUUGGAUUUUGCAAAUUUUGAAGUGUAAACAUUCCAAUUAAGACCUACCAUAUUUAAAUUAUCUAAUCUAAUAUAAACAAUAGAAGAUUAUUUUCAAGCUGAAUGUAAAUAAAAGAAAAUUGAAUUUAUAAUAUAAGUUUGCGAUGAUGCUUUUAUCAGAAGUGAUUUCGAUAGGAUACUAUAAAUUUUAGUUAAUUUAUUGAACAAUUCAGUAAAAUUUACAAAACAAAAAGGGAUUAUUAAGUUGAAUAUAUAAAGAGUAGGAUCCUUAUAUCAGUUCGAAGUCUAUGAUACAGGAUGUGGGAUUUCUACUGAGAAACUAUUUUUAAUUAAUAAAAUUCUAUAAAAUUCUGAAGUGGAUCUUGCAAGAAGAGGGGAAGAAGAUUAUCUUUAAUAUGUAGGUUUGGGUUUAAAAGUAUCAAGUUAAAUAGCCAGAUAAUUAUGCGAUAAUGGUGAAUUGUUCAUUACAAGUUAAUUGAAUCAAUUUACAAAUAAUAGAUUUAUUGUAAAAGAUUUGUAAUCUUAUGAUGAAACAUUAACUAUACCAACUGAUGAAUGUAUAUAAGAACCAUACAAGAGCUAUGUGAAAAAGAAAUGUAAUUGUUAAAAUGUAUUAAUUGUGGAUGACAUUCCUUUUAAUCAUUUAGCCUUUAUUACAGUUUUAAAAUACUUUAAUAUUAAAAGUGAUAGUGCAUAUGAUGGUUAAAUGGCUAUUGAUAUGGUUAAAAGUAGAUAUUAAAAAUGUUAAUGCACUUAUAAAUUAAUUUUUAUGGAUAUUGAUAUGCCUGGAAUUGAUGGAUAUUAAACCACUAAGCUAAUUUAAUAAUUUUUAGAAUAGAAUAAUAUGAAUACUGUCAUCAUAAUGUGUAGUGCAUUUGAUAGUAAAGAAAACAUAGAUAUUGCUUAUAAGAGCGGAAUGAAAGAUAUCCUUCCAAAACCAAUACAAACAAAUCGACUCAAAAAGAUACUAUAUAAAUAUUAUUUCUGA